AUGAUGAGCGUGCCUGUGUUGCACAUCUGCCUGUCUGCACAGGGCAGACCGUUUCGACUUCCUUUUCUGAGACACUGCCGGGAGCAGGCCAAGACAACGAUGUAUUUACCAAAACUUCAUCAAGUGAAGAUGGAAAAAAGGUGGCUCUUCUCCCUCUUUUGCUUGUUCUUGGCACCCAGCGUUGCAGGCCAGCCUGGAGAGAUCUUUACAGAAGCAGAAGUGGUCCACGCUUUGCCAGGUGCUAACGUGACCCUGGCGUGCAGCUUCUCAAAACCACACACCACCUACGUAAUACAGACACAGUGGUCCAAGACUGAUGAAACCCAGCUUACCAGAAUAGCUGUUUAUCACCCCGUUUAUGGCAUCCAUUACUUCACAUUUCCUGAGGCUUCUUACAGCUUUUCGGUGUCCUUCGGCACGAGGAAGUGCUGCGACUGGGAUGCUACAGAGGCUUUGUGUUCCCCUGAUCCAGAUGUCACACCUGAAUGCAAUCGGUGGGCUCUGCAUCUGGAAAAUCUUACCGUCUCCCUUAGCGGGCAGUACGAGUGCAGUUUUGCUACUUACCCGUACGGGUCAAAGGCUGCAAAAAUUCAACUUAUUGUCAAGGCAGAAGAGGAGCAGCACUACGUGAAGGAAGUGUGGUUAAACCAGACUUUAGAAAUUCCAUGCGUUCAGGACACGACCUCAGAAAAUUUGUCCAAUUAUCCUUUGAAAUGGCUAGUGGGGGAAAGUGGCAGGAAAGAGGAACUUGUGACCAAGGAGCCCUCCUGCCCUGCAGCGUACAGGAACGGCAACGCGCUGUACAGGCAAAGAGUCCGCCUGGGUUUGAAUAACACUCUAAUGAUUUUCCCCACCAAAAUCACGGAUGAUGGCAGGGUGUUUUCCUGCCACGUGACCUACCACCCGGAGAGAGUCCAGAAGAGCAGCACCACUGUGAGAGUAUUCGCCUACCCUGAGAUCUCUGUUAGCCUGCAGGAGGGCUCAGCUGGCACCUCUCAGAAG